UUUACCCCGCCUCCCCCUUCCUCCCUCUUCCUCCUCCUUCCCACUCCCCGUACUUUGAAAACACAUCAGAGAAUCCGUAAGAUGCACCCGCUCUGCUUGCCGGGAAAUAGGCCUAACAUGAGAGCAAACAGAUUCAGGAGAGCGGGUACAUCCAUGCUCGGUCCGCGGGUGUGAAGCAGUAUUCUACAGAACAGAUAAUUUGAAGAGGCACUUGAUAAUUCAAAACAGCGGGUAUAUGCGUGCCCGGUUCCCGGGUGCGAAACAGCGUUCAGUAGAGAGCAUUUGAAGAGGCACUUGGCAGAGAAGCACCUACCUCCUUCUUCAAGGAAAUAGGGCUGACAUGAGAGCACACAGAUUCGGAUUGUCGACCACAUGUGUGUUAGUGCGGAAGAAAAUACAAAAAGAAGUCUGGUCUGAGGUCGCAUCAGAGAUUCGCUUGUUUACAUUGGGCCUGGCGGCAUAUGAAUCCCCUUCAACCUCCACCAGCGCCAGAGGAGGACGGUAUACAGUUAGCUUCCUAGCAGCGAAAUUUUAUCAUGUACAGAGCCAAUGGGAAGGCAUCCAGGCUCUCUCAUGGGGGAGAGGAGGAGCAGGCUCAUACAGGCAGUUUGUAAUCAUCCUGAUACAUGAAUUCAAAAGUUUGAGUUAUUAUAGCUGCCUGUCCGAGCUCAGGAAAUGAUCACCACAAGAAGCAAGGUGAAGAGAAAAAGGGAGAAAUAUUGGAAUUUCUAUCUAGUCGAGGCCCGUGCGAGAUGAAUAUAAGAAGGCUGCCUCCCCAAAUACCACUGCCCAAUUAGCUCUAUCUUUUUUUCCUGAUGAUUGCGUUCCCACAUGCUGAGGAGGGUCAGCUAACAUGGAAGAAGGUACGGGUAAGUGGGACAAUCCAAUCUCGGGGAGUAUAAGGCUUACGUCCAAAGAAGAAGCAUUCGCCGUCAAUCCCGGGUACAAUAAUGGAGUGUUUCCACAAAACAUGUCCAUGCAAGGCCCAUAUUAUGCUGGAUACAUAGCGCCCGGGCAGGGUGCGCGAUGGUCCCCCCCAGGGCUAGAAGCGUGGCCAAGGGAGGGGCCACCAUCUGGAACUCCCAACGCUGUCGUCGGGUGGCCUGCGACCACGAAUGAUUCCUAUGUGGCCGUUGUGAGGGGCGACCACCUAGGAAAUACUGGGACGGUGAGGAGACGAUGGCAUAGUACAAUCAAGAAGGGGAAGGGGAUGCCUUGUGCUUCGGUAUGGUUUCUUCCAGCUUCAGUUUCGCAGCUCUCACCAUCCAAAAAGUCCACAAACACCCAUAUUCGGCCCUGCCCAUUGGCCACUUUGUGCUCUCCCAGAUUGAUGUUUGAAAGCGGAAUCUGAAAUAAAUUAUGAGCAAGCAGCCCUUGCUCAGAGAGCACAUGACGCCGACUACUUAACUUAUCACCAAAGACGCCUCAAUCAUAGUUAUUUAUCUAAGGCUCCGCCGAUGAUGCCCCUGAUCGGCCCGGAAUAACUAUUUCUCGGGGCUAUCCGUGAAGUCCGAAGGGUUUGGCUCGUAGUUCUUUACACUCUCUAAUAGUUUCGCAGCCUUCGCUGCCCCGAGACGCUCGAGAAGACGCAGCGAGUCGCAUACACGUGAAACAAUCUUUUUGUCAAUGGUGUCGACAGUGUCAAGUGUCGCCUCUGCAUUUUGUCGAUCCUAUAGAUGAAUAUAAGUGAUGUAGCAGCAAUGAACGGGGAAUGACUCACCGAGAAUAUAAUUGAAUAAACACUCAUAUUGUAGGCAAGCAUAGACAAGGUAGCAGAUGACAGCCAAAUCAGGAACAAAGUAGUUGCCUAUGUUGCAGAAUUUAAAAGAUGGACAGCGGAAUAAGUCGAGAAUGAGGAACAAAACAG